CUCAGACCAGAAUGCCUUCAAUGUCUUUCGAACAGCAUCUAUUCAAGCAUGGUCAAGACGAGCCUGACGAGGCAGCAACCCCGGACGACCCUCUCCUCGAAGGCUUCAUCUCAUCACGCGGACAAAAACCUACUCGUCUUGCCUCCUGGAGACGACUCCUUCCCUGGAUCGUUCAUGUUCUUUUGCUUUCAGCGUCGAUAGCUUUCUUCCUAUCAGCGCGAUCAACCACAAAGCAAUGCCCAGAGACUUGGUUUCCCAUCGUAGGCGAACAUGCACCGAUCAAUUCCGUGCGCUUCCACGGCAACCUCGAAUAUGCAUCGCCUUUCAAAGGACCGCCGUCUAAAGCCGUCGACGAGGCUUGGGACUCGAUCACACCGCUGGGCGUGAUCAGCAUCCCAGAAGACGUAUACGCGACACUCAACGCCUCCAAACACGCCGCAAAAGUCCCUGCCUCAGCCGGCGGCGGCUACAUGGCGGUCUUCGAAGGCAUCCACCUAAUCCACUGCGUUAGGUCUCUAUGGGAGAACACCUACCCCUCGUACUACACCUCCCAGCACGCCAUGUCGCUCGACCACCCCGACGAAUGGCACGCCCACUUGGACCACUGCGCCGACAUGCUGCGCCAGAAGCUCAUGUGCGACGCCGACGCGAACCUCGUCACGUACAACUGGAUCAAGAACCACUACGCGCCGAAACCGAAUUUCAACGUGCAGCACCAGUGCCGUAACUACGACCGUUUGUUGGAUAUUGCGGCACAGCUGAAGGUCGAUGGCCGCGCGUUUCCUAAUGGGUGGAUCUUGAGGCCUACGGAUAGGCCGGUUGUCGAGUUUGAGGAGCCGCCUUUUGAGCCGGAUGCUGAGGGGUAGGUGAGGAGUGUUGCAGUGGAGUUUUCGUUGUAGGGAGAGUGGGCGUGUGGUUCGCAUCUGCUACUGAAUUUGG